CUCCGCACCGCCCCGCGCCGCUCCGCGCUCCCCCGCGCACCGACCCCGGCGCCGCGGAGAGCCGGCCGGCGGAGCCAGGGGUGCAGGGGGCGGGCACGCAGGGCCCGCGCAACCUCCGCGGAGAGGGCGGGUGGUGGGAAUUGUUGGAGAAGUGCGGAAGAGGGAGGGCCGCUCCGCGCCCGCGCAGCUCUGCCCCCUCCCUCGGGAUGCCCCCCACGCCGCUCCGCGCCGUCCUCCGCGUCCCUGCCGCCCGGGGAGACCGCGGAAAAAGUUUCGGCCGCCGCCUUCGCCGGCACGGAGGGCGCUCCUGGGGAGGGGAGGAGUGUUGUAGCCCCCCCAUCCCGAUGCCCGCAGGCUCUCGCAAACUUUGUGCUUUAAAAUAGCAAUAAAACUACAGCGACCGCGCCUUUCCUCGCGUGUCCCGAAUUUAGGGGCUUCUACGCGCCGCGGGGGCGAGCGGGCGGGGGCCGCACGGGAGCCGUGGGGACAGGAGCGAGGUGGCACCGGGCGCUCCGCGGGGCCCCACUCUUCGCUCGAGGCGGCGCGGUCGGGACGCGGCCGCCGGGCAGGCGGCGGAGCGGUCCCGGACCUCUAAAGAGGCUCCGGUGCGCGGCUUUUGUUGGUCUCCCCAAAUCAACUCCCUCUAAUUGCAGUGGAGCUGAAAGCGAGCUAAUGUUCAAAGGCGCUGCCCGCCGGCCCCGAUCGGAGCGCGGUCUCCCGGGGGGGAAGACUUUUCCCCCCCACCAUUUUAUUUUGUUGUUGAUGGAGUUUUUUCCCUUCUUUUCAAAUCUUUUUCCUGUGCGAGGAGAGAACCGUCUAAGCCGGGCGGGAGGGAGCCGAUGAGCAAAGGAGGUUAGCAAGCUCCUCCACUCCCGCAAAAGUCAGCGACACGGGCACUUUUCCCCGUAACAAAGGCGCCGCGGCCCAUUCACAAAAAAAGCAAAGGCAGGAGGAGGGAGGAGGAAGAGUUUGCGGGGGCAGUUCUCCCCCCUUCCAGCCCCUCUCCCCCGUUUUGCCCCGGUCCUACGGGGCAGUUCCUGGCUCGGGCUGCGCUCCCCCCGCCCCCGCCGCCUUCCCAUCACUUCGCCCCGCCGGGGCAGCCCCGGUCCUGGCGGGCAGCACCGUCCCCCCCGAAGCUUUCCCCCCCACACACCAGGGGGUAUCCAUGCCCCACCAAGCCUCCCGCAGCUCCCGCAGUUACCCAAUCCCCAAUUGCGGACGCCUCCCCGCAGGCUCGGCCGGGGGCUGCGGGCAGGGCGGGCGCGGGGCUCGCCCCCCCCCCCGAGGUGACGGUCCCGGCGACUCCGAUCCCCCGUUCCCUCCGCCGGACGGAGCCGGCGCCCUCCCCGCUGCGCCCAGGCAAACACCGGCCUCCCCAGGAGGAGAGGAUGCCCGCCCGCGGCCCCCCUCGCCCCAGAGGCAGCCCCACGCUUCGGGGCUCAGCAGCUCCCGGCCGGGCAGGCAGCGCGGCGGGGCUUUGCCGCCUCUCCCCUCUCGAGCCUCCGCCGCGUUCCGCAGCCGCGGAAUCCUCGGAGUGUGUUUCCUGCCAUACCCAGCUCCUGAAUUUUUACGGGGAGGCAGAAGAGCACGGCGGAACCCGCUGCCCCAGCCCCCCCCACCCCAGCUGGGGUGUUCCGCGUAUCUUCCCAAACUUCGCAUGGGGCCAAAUCCACCUGCGGGCCCCGGGGCAGCCCCCCAGUUUCCCAGGCCGGUACAUCCCGCGGCACCGGCGGCCGCUCGCACAAAAACCGGGCGCUUCCCUCCUCCACGGGGGACUCCUUUCGGCGAGAGCGGCAGCGCGGAGCGGGCCGCAGUCGCACCUGGAGCCGCCGGCGCUGCUGCGGUCCCUCGCGGAGCGGCAGCCGCGACCCCGCGGGGUUCGGGCUCCUUCCGCCCGCUCCGCUCCGAUCCCCCCGGGCGCGUUCCUUGCGCACCCGCGGCCGGGCUUUGGCCGCGCAGCCCCCACGCCGCUGGCGGGCGGCAUCGGCCCCGCGGGGAAAAGUUUUACCUCCUCCUCCUCGAGUUGCAUUUUAUUAAAGUCAAACAAAAAACUUUUCCGUCCGCUGGGUUUCGUUGCGUUGGCGAAGCGGCGGCGGCCGGGGCGGCCCGGGGCACGGAGCCCCGCUGUCCCUCCCGCCGGGAUCGGUCCCUUCCCGCCCCCCGAGCCCCCUCCCCGGCCGACUGAAGGCGGGAGGGGUGAAGGGAGUUUCC